UUGGACCCUUCAGGGAUAUUGUCACAGGAAUGUCAUUUUGAGAAGUUCCACAGAUUUGGAAGUUCUUACAUUGCAGCUUCAUAUGUGAAGUUUUUGGAAUCUGCCGGUGCCCGAGUUGUGCCAAUAAGAUUAAAUCUUACAGAUGAAGAAUAUGAUAAAAUAUUCCACUCCAUUAAUGGGGUACUUUUUCCAGGAGGUGGUGUGGAUCUUAAGACUUCAGAAUAUUCCAGGGUUGCUAAGAUAUUUUACCACAAGGCAUUAGAGGCUUAUGAUAAUGGAGAUUAUUUCCCAGUAUGGGGAACAUGUCUGGGACACGAAGAGCUUACCUAUCUUACAAGUGGUGAAGUUUUACUUAUUAAUACCAAGACAGAUGGUUUUGCACUCCCUCUGAACUUCACCUCAGCUGCAAAAGACAGUAGGUUAUUCAAGAAUCUCCCGGCUGAUGUAUUACGUGCAUUUGCUACUGAGCCAUUGACAUCAAACUUUCAUAUGUGGAGCCUCUCCAUGGAGAACUUCACAAAGAAUGAAAAACUUCGGAAUUUCUAUAAUGUUCUGACUACUAAUGCCGAUGAUGAAGUGGAGUUUAUAUCUACCAUGGAAGCAUACAAAUACCCUAUUUAUGGUGUCCAGUGGCAUCCAGAGAAAAAUCCUUUCGAGUGGAAGAAUUCGCCAGGCAUUCCACAUUCCCCAUCAGCUGUAAGAGCUGCAUAUUAUAUAGCUGAAUUCUUUGUGAAUGAAGCCCGGAAGAGCCUGCACCAUUUCCCCAGUGAAGAUGAGGAAACAAAAGAAUUGAUUUAUAAUUAUAGUCCAGUUUAUACAGGAACAUUUUCUUCAUUUCAGCAAAUCUAUUUUUUUGAUUGAGUGUCAUGGCAGAGGUGCAGUGUUGCUAUUUAUAAAUGGAAUUAUUUGCCAGCAUUGUGUAAUUAAGCUGAGAAAGUGCGCUGCACGUGACAGAAAGCCAGAACAGUUCUCUUCCUUUACAAUGAUUUAUCCUGUGUUUCUUCUGCACUGUUGGACCAUUAAUAAAAAAAAUUUACAUUCAAUAACAUAAUAAUUACCAUGGAUCACACUUUAAGGCAAGCUACA